AUGCUCUUCAAUAAAUUAACCCUCCUCGGCUUUGCCACCCUCGUUAUUGCAGCACCAGCACUUGAGAAGAAGGAAGCUAUCAAACUUCCAGCACGAGGUGUCAACUAUGUCCCCCGCCACUCCCUCCAACCCCGAAAAGGGAACAACCGCAACAAAUGGAAUAACUUCGGUAACAACAUCAAUAUCGAAACUGUAAUCCAAGAAACAACGAUUAACGUCCUCCAAAUCGAUGCCAACCCACUCCUAGAAGCCCAGGUGGCAGAGGAGACUCUGCUCGCGCAAACUCUUACUGAGGCUUUAAUCGGAGCACAACUGCAAUUCAACCUUGCCCUCGAUAACAUCCGGUCAAAUACCCUGAACCAACUCAAUAACAAUGUGAACACCGUAGCAAUCAUCAUCACCGAGAUCAGCGAUAACCGCAACUCCAACAACGGCAAUAAACGCUACAUCUCCCGUCAACUGCAGUCUAAUCCCUCCGUCACCGAACAAGUUUUCGUCGUAAUCCAAGAGGCCUCAACCUUGACCCUCAGCAACAACAUCCCCUCUUCUGUGCUGUCCGCGGCGCAGUCCACUUCCACCGCUUCCAACUCCACGCCGCAAUUCGGGUCCUUCACACCCGGCGGAAACGCCAGCCUCCAGAGUUCAUCAAACCAAUUCAACCUCUAUCCCGCGGGCUCCGAGCUCCCGAGCUUCGAGAACGCGCAGCGCCUGGAUGACCCGGCACUCAUCGUGCUGCAGAACCAGGCAUUCUUCGUGCAAUCCUCGCAGAACUCUGGUACCUUCACAUCGGUUGUCGAGGCCGAGCUUGCGCAACUAUUGGGUGGUGGCAGCGGAGGUCGGCAGUGA